AUGGAGGCGGCGCGGCCAGCAGGCUCGCCGGGGCGCAUUGCGCUGGUGAAGUGGCUCGCGGUGCUGCUCGGGAUGAGCAUGCUUGCGCCAUUCAACACGCUUGUGACAUCGAUGGCCUAUUUCCACGAUGCAUUCCGGCUCGCGCCCGGUGUCGCGACGACGUUUAGCAGCGGUAUCAUGACCGUGUUCAAUGUGACGUCGGUUUUCUGUGCGAUCCUCGCGACGAUGCGUGGUGGGCGAAAAGAUGCGAGUCCAAUGCACCGCGUGGUGCGCGCGCUCUAUGCAUCGAUCGGCGGCUUCCUCGUGCUCGCUGUGUCGGUGCCGGUGCGCGGCACGGAGCCGCUGGAGGCUGUAUACCCCUACUAUGUCUUUCUGCUUGGAAUAUCGGUGGUGCUUGCGGUGGCCCAGGCGUUUAUGCAGAGUGCCAUCAUGGUCAUCUGUACACAGCUCACGGUCGACGGCACGCUGAUGGGCUACAUGCUUGCCGGGCAGGCGCUGCAAGGCGUGUUUGGCAGUGUGGUCAACCUGGUGUCCACGAUGCUCGCCGUGCAGCUCGACAAAGGUGCGCCGUCGUCCGACACAAAGCAGGCGCACGAGAAUGCAAACGCGGCCAUGGCCGUGUUUCUCACCACGACGCUUCUGCAGGCGACGACGCUCGUGUGCCUCUGGCGCGCGCUGCGUCUCCCCGCGGUCUCGGCGCGGAUGGACGAGUGGGGUGCCGGGGCGGAGGAGCGCUCCCGCUCGUCCGACGGCUUCCGGCGCCUGAUGCGCGUGCAAAAGCGCAUCUUGCCGUGGUCCGCGAGCAUCUUUUGUGUGUUCCUCGUGACGCUCGGCGUGUACCCCGCGCUGACGUCUCAAGCGCGCUCGGUGCACUCGCGCCCCGACGGGACGCUCGUCGAGAGUGCGAGCGUGUUUGUCGCGCUGCACAUUGUCGCGAUGAAUCUCGGCGACCUGAUCGGCCGGCGCCUGCCUGUGCUCUCGACCUAUCUGCUGAUCCGUCGCGGAUGGGUGUCGCUUGCGUGCACGACGCUCCGCUUCUUCUUCUUCCCCCUGUUCUUUGCGUGCAAUCUGGUGGGCGAGAGCAACAAGACGCCCGCGUGGGCGCUGCCCGACGCCGUCUUUUUCGCGCUGGUCUUUUUCCUGGGCGUGACAACCGGGUGCAACUCGACCUCGAUUUUGAUCUCGGGCCCGAAGCUCCUCGAGAAGCGCCCCGGCACCGCGGUCCCCCUCGAAAGUGCAGCUACGGACGACGUGGAGCAGGACCGCCUGCUCGAUGCGCCGAAUGCGCCGCUCGACGGCGACGCGUCGAUCGCAUCCAUGAUCCUCUCGUUCUGGCUCGUGCUGGGACUGACGGCAGGCAGCUGCUUCAGCUUUUUGGUGCUCGCGCUCUAG